AUGUCAAAUACCACAAAGAAAGAAGAUGGUUCACUUUGUUACAAGAACGAUCUAGAUUUACCUCCCUUGGAUUUCAACACAACAUGUGUUGGAUACGCUCGUUACAUCUUUUACUUUAACGAAAGAUUACCUGGAGUUUCGUAUCCAAGUUGGUAUGAAAUGCGUUCCUAUACAGAGCUAUGUGAAGUGGUCGUCCUAGAGUGCCCGUCUGAGUCUUAUGGUCUUGAAUGUAAAUAUCAGUGUUCAAGUCAUUGCCUGAAUGGCGUCACAUGUAAUCACGUGACUGGUCAAUGUGAAAACGGGUGUGCUGCCGGAUGGACAGGAACACAGUGUAACAAAACAUGUCAUGCCGGAAGAUAUGGUCCAGACUGUACCUCUAACUGUAGUGGUAAUUGCCGUAAUGAUGAUCCAUGUAAUAAGAAAAAUGGACACUGUGAUGUUGGCUGUCUGCCUGGGUACAGGGGGGAACUCUGCCAUAAAGUCCUUUUAAUGGUGUCUGUAGAAAAGGUUGCGCUCUUGGGUAUUACAAACCCCACUGUCGUGAAGCUUGCCUCGAUGGUACAUUUGGCUCGAAUUGCUCGGAGACUUGUUCUAAGAAUUGUAUUGACAUUUGCAGUCACGUGGAUGGUUCCUGUAAUUGUGUACCUGGUUAUACAGGAUCACCAAACUGCUCAACUGGAGACAACACUGUGUGACUUUAAAGAGGACAGCACGACAGACAGAACAGAAGGAUGA